AUGGCUCCAGGCGGCGGAGGUAAUAUCAAGGUGGUGGUCCGAGUACGACCUUUCAAUAGCAGAGAAAUCGAUCGAGGUGCAAAAUGUAUCGUCAAAAUGAAAGGCGCCCAGACGGUGCUCACCGCACCGCCUGGCGCGCAGGAUGUCUCAAGGAAAGGCGGCAAGGGCGAAGCCGGAGCGCCCAAAGUCUUCGCGUUCGAUCGAUCGUACUGGUCCUUCGACAAGAAGGACGGGAAUUACGCCGGCCAGGAUAAUCUCUUCGAUGAUUUGGGUUCGCCACUCUUGGACAACGCCUUUGGCGGGUACAACAAUUGUAUCUUCGCCUAUGGCCAGACUGGUUCGGGAAAGUCGUACUCCAUGAUGGGAUACGGCAAGGAAUAUGGUGUUAUUCCGCGAAUCUGUCAGUCAAUGUUCCUGCGCAUCACCGACAUGAUGCAAGCCGAUAAACACCUCAAUUGCACGAUCGAAGUCUCGUACCUGGAAAUUUACAACGAACGCGUGCGCGAUUUGCUCAAUCCGUCCAAUAAGGGCAACCUGAAGGUCCGUGAGCAUCCUUCCACGGGUCCCUAUGUGGAGGAUCUGGCCAAGUUGGUGGUGCGUUCCUUUGAGGAGAUCGAGAAUCUCAUGGAUGAGGGUAACAAGGCGAGAACGGUUGCUGCGACGAAUAUGAACGAGACCUCCAGUCGGUCGCACGCCGUGUUCACACUGACCCUCUCACAAAAACGUCACGACGCAGAGACUUCACUGGAUACUGAGAAGGUAUCGAAGAUUAGUCUAGUCGAUUUGGCGGGUUCGGAGAGAGCAAACUCCACCGGAGCCACGGGUGCUCGUUUGAAAGAAGGUGCUGAGAUUAACCGCUCGCUUUCCACGCUUGGUCGUGUCAUCGCUGCACUUGCGGAUGUCUCAUCCGGAAAGCUCAAAAAGGCAUCCAUGGUUCCGUAUCGUGAUUCCAUCUUGACAUGGCUGCUCAAAGAUUCACUCGGUGGUAACUCGAUGACUUCUAUGAUUGCAGCUAUCUCGCCGGCCGAUAUCAACUUCGACGAAACUCUGAGUACUCUCCGUUAUGCAGAUUCCGCCAAGAGGAUCAAGAACCACGCUGUCGUGAACGAGGACCCGAACGCUCGCAUGAUUCGCGAGCUCAAGGAGGAAUUGGCACAGCUUCGCUCAAAACUUGGAGGUGGUGUCCCCGGGGUUGCUGGCGCACCUGGUGCCAUUACAGCAGAAUCCUAUCCACCCGAUACCCCAUUGGAGCAGCAGAUGGUUUCCAUCCGCCAGGAUGACGGCAGUGUGACCAAGGUCAGCAAAGCUGAGAUCGUCGAACAACUCAACCAAAGUGAGAAGCUUUACAAAGAUCUCAACCAGACCUGGGAGGAAAAACUGCAGAAAACCGAAGAGAUUCACAAAGAGCGUGAAGCGGCGCUCGAGGAACUCGGCAUCAAUAUCACAAAGGGCUUUAUCGGAUUAAGCACCCCGAAAAAGAUGCCUCAUUUGGUCAAUCUGAGCGAUGACCCUCUGUUGGCGGAGUGUUUGGUGUACAAUAUCAAGCCCGGAAGCACGACAGUGGGACACAUGGAUCAAGGUACUAAUGUCGACAUCCGACUGAACGGCUCCAAGAUUCUUCAGCAGCACUGCACUUUCGAAAACGCGGAUAACGUCGUGACCAUCAUUCCCACUGAUGGCGCCGCUGUCAUGGUCAACGGCCUCCGGAUAGACAAGCCCUCACGACUCAAGAGUGGUCAUCGUAUCAUCCUCGGCGACUUCCACAUCUUCCGUUUCAACCAUCCGCAAGAGGCUCGCGCCGAGCGUGUCGAGCAGAGUCUUCUGCGACACUCCGUGACAACUAGCCAACUGGGCUCCCCGGCGCCUAAUAAAACGCACGAUCGCAACGUCAGCAAGACUGGAUCGGAAAUCGACGGGGACUCAAGUAGAGCUGACUCCCCGAUGCCCGCACGCAGUCGCGAAUCAGACUGGUUCAUGGCGAGGAAAGAGGCCGUCGGCGCGAUGCUUGGCCAAGAUCAUAUCUCCCAUCUGCCCGACGACGAGCUUGACGCCCUGUUCGAAGAUGUGCAAAAAGUCCGAGCAGGGCGUCGUGGGCUGCCAGAGAAUGAAGAAGAUUCAGACUCUCUUAGCUCCUUCCCUAUCCGCGACAAGUACAUGUCCAAUGGAACCAUUGACAAUUUCUCCCUUGACACGGCGAUUACAAUGCCAGGCACCCCACGGCAAACGGAAGACGAUGAUGGUUCCAAUGGUGUUUCCCUGAAAUCGGUUCGGUUGGAUAUGCAGCGCCAGUUAGAUCGCCAGCGGGAGGCGUUCCAGGACAAGCUGAAGAGUGCGGAAACUUCUUCCAAUCAAGAUUCAGGAGAGAUCCAGACUGAGAAACAGCGUAUGGAGGAUGCACUCCGGUCUGCCAAGGAAGAAUUCGAAGAGCAGCUGCGAGUACAAAAGGAGACUUUUGAGACUCAGAUGCGAGAUAUGGGCAAGCCCAUUCCACAGAUUUUUGAGAAUGGCUUUGCCAAGUUGAAUGAGCGCGAGCUCGAGAUCGCACAGUCCGUUUAUUCCCAUUGGUCACAGCGUAACUACGUUCGCAUGGCCGAGAAAAUUCUACAGCAUGCAUCGCUGCUGAAAGAGGCACAAGUCAUGAGUCAGAUCAUGGACAAGAAUGUGGUCUUCCAGUUCGCAGUUGUUGACCACGGUCAUAGCAUGGCUUCAUGUUAUGAUCUGGUUCUAAAUGGGAUUUCCGGCGACGAGGAUAUUGUCCUUGAAGAAACUAAGAAGCCUUGUGUCGGCGUUCGAGUUAUUGACUACAAACAGUCUGUGAUCCACUUAUGGUCUAUCGAAAAACUCCAGAAACGCGUACAAUCUAUGCGACAGCUGCAUCAGUACAUCGAUCGACCCGACUAUAUCCAGCACUUCAGGCUUGAAAAUCCAUUUUCGGAGUCUUGCUCGCCGCAAUACUCCCUCAUCGGUGAUGCCGACAUCCCCCUGACGGCUGUCUUUGAGACCCGCGUUCAGGAUUUCUCAAUUGAGAUUACAUCGCCCUACACCCAAAGCGUUGUCGGUAUCAUUCGACUGUCGCUUGAACCCUCCUCAGCUCAGGCUCCUUCUUCGACUUUGAAGUUCAACGUCGUCAUGCGCGACAUGGUUGGAUUCGCUGAAUGGGAAGGAUCAGAUGUUCACGCUCAACUCUUCGUUCCCGGAAUCUCGGAGGAAGGUGGUGCAACCACAACGCAGAUGAUCAACGGGUUCGAAGAAAGCCCGGUGCGCUUCGAAAGUGUUCAUAGUAUGAGCCUCCCGUUGUCUAGUCCUAGAACCGCGGCUUUGAAGGUCUGCGUCUAUGCUCGUGUAACAUCCGUUCAUAUGGAUAAGCUUUUGAGUUGGGAUGAUAUGCACGAUUCUUCAGAAAUGAUCCCUAAGAAGCGCACCUCGCCUCGGAUUGCCGAGUCUGAGUUCUACUCCGAAGAAAGACACGACGUCUUCGCCCGCAUCCAGAUUUUGGAAUUAGCCGAGUCUGGCGAAUACACACCGGUUGAAGUGGUUCAAAAUGGGGCUCUUGACGCUGUUCCACCGAAAGCCUCCCAUGGGACGACAUUACCAACGCGCGGGUGGGCUCUGUUCGUCUCCUCGACCCGGGGCAAGAUUCCCGACCAGGAUCUCCAAACACCGGAUGUCCCGCUGAAGUUCCUUCAAGAACCAAUGGUUAAAGACAAUGCAGAUGGCACUUCCAAUGUUACAAUCAUUGGCCAAUGGGACUCAAGUUUACACGGCUCUCUCCUUCUUGAUCGGGUGACCGCGGACAAAUACAAAGUCCAAGUAACCGUCCGCUGGGAUCUCGUCUCCUCCCGACUUCAGACACCCGUGAUAUUCGAGAUCGACCAAACCAUCCAGAUCCUCGGCCGAACCUACGUCCGCCAACAGUCAAUGUUCAAACAGCUAUGGAGCUCCACUCGAGUCGUACAUUCGACAACAAGCAUGUACUCGCUAGUCAUCCGCCCAAUCUCAGCCAAGCGCGCCGCCGACCUAUGGCGCAUGAAUACUCAGAACGACUACGUUAAGGGCGAAGAGCUGCUAACAACAUGGGCUCCGCGGAAAGUCUCCCUCGUCCGAGAUUACAUCGCUGCCCGUAAGCGUCGAUACCGCAUCGCAGAGCUCCACGCUGCCCGCGGCGCUCUCAGUGCCGGCAGCCUGAGGGCAUCUCCAGCCCGAGGCAGUGGCAGAUCAACACCCAUGCGCGGCCAAGACCUCAACGAGCGCAAGACAAAGCUGCUCAAAAAAUACCUCGACCUCUGGUCAACAAAGAAAGAUCCUACCGAAGCAAUCCUCGUCCGAACAAAUACCGAACCCCCCAGUGACGGCGCCGACCUAGCAGCCCAACGCAAACAAACCAACGGUACCACAACCACAACCACAACCACGCCCUCCGUCUCCGACAAAAUCUCUCUCAAACCGCGCUUCAUCGCAACAAUCCAGACCCUACCAAAGAACCCCUCAGCCCUCAAAACAGGCUACGUGCUCACACCCGAUGACACGAAUAGCGUCUGGGUCCGACGCUUCGUCGAGCUGCGCCGACCUUAUCUGCACAUCUACUCCGUUCCGGAAGGUGAUGAAAUCAAUGCGAUUAACCUGCGCAAUGCACGGGUUGACCACGCGCCCGAUUUUGCGCGAUUGCUUGAUGGCAAUGAUCGGUCAUCAUCUUCGCUUGCCGCGAAGGGCAGACCGAAUAUCUUUGCGGUUUACGGGACGCAGAAUACGUUUCUUUUCGCGACGAGGACGGAGGCGCAUAAAGUUGAGUGGAUUCUUAAGAUUGACGAGAGCUAUUUUAGUAGCAAUGGUGGCAGUGCGGUCGCGAGUGGUGAUGAGCGGUGA